AAACGUAUGAACACUCAUUUGAACUUUGGAGAAAAACACUCCCAAUAAAAUCACUUUUUUCCUUCUCUUUUUUAAAUACAAAAUUUCAAUAAAAUAAUCUCUUUAUAUGUUCACUCCAACAAAACAAGAAUCGGUUCUUCAUCUAACAAUUUGAGAAGAUGAAGAUUCCAAACUUACAUUUCCUUUUCUUAAUCUUCACCGCAGUUUUCUUCAUCGCACAAAGUUCUCUAAUCGACGAUGUUUCUUCACCGGAAAAACGCCUUGCCUUCUUCAUAUUUGGCGAUUCCCUUUUCGAUCCUGGAAACAACAAUUUCAUCAACACCACCGAAGAUUUCCGCGCUAACUUCACGCCCUACGGUGAAUCGUUCUUCAAAACUCCGACCGGAAGGUUCUCCGACGGCCGUCUCGUGCCUGAUUUCGUCGCGGAGUAUGCGAAUCUGCCUUUGAUUCCGGCGUAUUUAGAUCCUCACAACAAACGAUACAUCCAUGGUGUUAAUUUUGCAUCCGGUGGAGGCGGCGCUUUGGUUGAAACUCAUCGAGGAUUCGCGAUAGACAUUGAAACUCAACUUAGGUAUUUCAAGAAGGUGGAGAGAUCGAUAAGGAAGAAGCUGGGGGAUUGGAGAGCGUAUAAUUUGUUUUCGAAUUCGGUGUAUUUGUUCAGUAUCGGAGGAAAUGAUUACAUCGUUCCGUUUGAAGGCUCCCCUAUUUUUGAUAAGUACACUGAAAGAGAGUACGUGAAUAUGGUGAUCGGAAAUGCCACGGCGGUGCUCGAGGAAAUAUACAAGAAAGGGGGAAGGAAAUUUGCGUUUGUCGCGGUGCCUCCUUUAGGUUGUUUACCACACAUAAGAUUAGUGAAAAAGGCCGGCGGCCAUGGAAGCUGUUGGGAUGAACCUUCAGCGCUUGUAAGGCUUCACAAUAAGCUUCUUCCUGGUGCUCUUCAGAAACUUGCUGACAAACUCCAAGGAUUCAAAUACACCGUUGGUGAUACCUAUACUAUGCUUCAAAACAGAAUAGAUAACCCUUCAAAAUAUGAUUUACGCCAUAUUGACUUGGAAGUAUGAGAAAAACCUGAAAGAAGAAAUGGUUAGAGUACAUGUAGGAGAAAUAUCUAAAGAUUUGAGAAGAUAUAAUUCGAUAGCUCUAGCUCAUAAUGGCUUUUAAGUAUCCCAACUUCUUUGACCCUUCCAAUGAGCUUAAUGCCAAAAAAACUGUCGAUGGUGUGAGCACUUCCCAUUGCAGGGAAGCAAAGAUCCAACUCUAGAUUUUCAAAGGAUGUUUUGAGUGAUGAGUUGGUUUUUUGGGUUAUGAUAGUCUAUUUUGGAGCAGCAGUUUGUGUGUAUGUGCAAUUUAUUUUAUUCUGGACAGAAAAUAUUGAAUACCUUAUAUAUAACACAAAGAGAAGGUGAAUAUGAGUGAAAAAUAGUAAUUACGGUAUAAACAUGAUAUCAAAGAAGGAUUCAACUUGAUAAUAUUGUAGUUCAUCUAUUUGUAGUUGAACGUCGAAACACUCCCUUAUAUAUUUUUUGUUUGAAGUA